UCCUAAUAGUUAUAACUAACUUCCUCUUGCUAUAACUAAGUCACAGUAAAUAUUAUUCCUAAUAAGGGAUGAGCAAUUUGAUAUUGCUAUGAAGAAAAAAUAGACUGAACUCUAUGACAAAGAAAAAAUCAGACUAAACAAAAACUUAAAUUCACCAUGACUACAUCAUCAGUCAUCACACUCAUGAGAAACAAAAAUACAUGGAACAUGGAACGUCUUGAUUUCAAAUGUCAUCCUCGUCGUCAUCAUCAUCAUUUAUAGUUACUCCAGCCUCCAUCAACCAAACCACAUCACUAUGAUAAUCUCUCGUUACAAGCCAACUUACAAUCAUAUUAUCUAUGAAUUCACCACUACUUCGAACUCUCUCCAACACAAAACCAUUUUACCAAAAAUCACUCACACAAACAUCCUCAUUUUCCUCCUCUACGCAACAACUCCAACAACUUCUCUCACAUUGCACCAACCUAACCCAUCUUCAACAAACCCAUUCCUUCAUGCUAACCAGAGCCCUCGACCAAAACGACAUCAACCUCUCCCGUUUCAUUCACAAAUCCGCUUCACUCGGUUUCCCAAACUACUCUUACUCCAUUUUCACCUUCAAUCACAACCGUCCAUUCAACGUCUUUGUAUACAACAACAUAAUCUCCGCACUUUCUUCAACCAACCCUACACGUUCCGUUUCGUUCUUCAACUUCGUUCGUAAACUAGGCUUGUCGCUUGAUUCUUACUCUUUGCCUUAUGUUUUGAAAGCCGUUGUUUCUUUGAAAGACGUUGUUUUGGGGAGACAGGUUCAUUGUGUCGGUGUUGUUACUGGUUUGGACUCGUGUUUAUCGGUUGUUUGUUCGGUCAUUCAAAUGUAUUCUUCUUGUGGGAAUGAUGUUUCUUCUGCACGGAAGGUGUUUGAUGAGUUUGUGUUGUUGUUUGGAGAAAAUGGUUCUGUUUGGAAUGCUAUGGUUGCUGCUUAUGCUAAAGUGGGUGAUGUGUGUAAUGCACGGAAGCUGUUUGAUUCUAUGCCUCAUAGGGAUAAAGAUGUUUUUUCUUGGACGGCUCUUAUUUCAGGGUACACGCAGACGAAUAAUCCUAGUGAGGCUAUCAAGCUCUUCAGAAGAAUGCAGCUUGAGAAUGUGAAGCCGGAUGAAAUUGCAAUUUUGGCUGUGCUAUCUGCAUGUGCUGAUUUGGGUGCUCUUCACUUGGGGGAGUGGAUUCACAACUACAUUGAAAAGCACAAAUUGAGCAUGAUUGUUCCUCUUUACAACUCACUCAUAGACAUGUAUGCCAAAUCAGGCAACAUAAGUAAAGCACUACAAUUGUUUGAGAAUAUGAAACAUAAAACUGUUAUAACAUGGACAACAAUGAUUUCCGGGCUUGCUUUACAUGGUCUAGGAGAGGAAGCCCUUCAUGUAUUUGCUUGCAUGGAGAAAGAGGGCCGAGUCAAGCCAAACGAAGUCACCUUUAUUGCCAUCCUUUCUGCUUGUAGCCAUGUUGGAUUGGUUGAACUAGGUCGUGACUAUUUCACGUCGAUGAGGUCUAGAUAUGGAAUUGAACCUAAGGUUGAGCAUUAUGGCUGCAUGAUUGAUUUGCUUGGGCGAGCUGGCCGUCUUCAAGAAGCGAAAAAGUUGGUUUCGCAGAUGCCGUUUGAAGCUAAUGCAGCUAUAUGGGGAUCACUUCUUGCUGCCUCAACUAGAUGUGGUGAUGCAGAUCUAGCAGCUGAAGCUUUGCGUCAUCUCGUGGUGUUGGAGCCACACCAUUGCGGAAAUUAUUCACUUUUGUCCAAUGCCUAUGCUUCACUUGGUAGAUGGAGUGAAUCUUGGAUGGUAAGGAAGGAUAUGCGCAAUGCAGGUGUAGAAAAGGUGCCAGGUGUCAGUUUUAUUGAGUUGAACAACAUAGUAUAUGAAUUCAUUGCUGGAGACAAAUUAAGCAUGUACUUUGUUGACAUAUUUGAUGUCUUGCAUAGCUUAGACGGGCAACUAAGGCUAGAGGAUCCCUAGAUAUUUAUAAGAUUUAGUUUCUCUGCUGUUGGGGAAUUCGAAGUCACAGGACCAGCUGAAGAAGUGCAGAUUUUGAAUUUGCUUUUCAAAUCUGAUUUUUAGAGCAUAAAAUUUGAUUCAUCCAAUAUUGGAUUGGAUUGAAGGUUCCAAUUUGUGACUCCACGGAUUCUUGACUAGAGUCUUGUCCCUGUACAUAUCCCAGUUCCUUUUAAAAAGCUGGAUUUAUUGAUUUCUUCAAUAAACCUGAAAAAAUCUCUCAUGCCCCAUCCUAAUAUUCUUUUAUUAUGCAUUAAAAUUACAAGUAUUACUGUGAUUUUUGUAAGUGGUUCUGUGACCUUAAUAUAAUUUUGAAAUUUUAAGUUA